UUCCUACCAUCAUUAUCAUUAAUCAACAAGUCCACCACCAUUACUUUUAAUCUUGUUUUAUUCAUAAUAAUAAUAUCAUUAUCAUCAAUUUCUUUGGUCAAAAGUCAAGUAUCAUCAUCACCAUCAUCAUCAUUAGAUUUAAAUAAUUAUGAUGAUGAUUGUCUAACAACAAAUGGAACGAUAACAUUCGAAUUAAUCACCGGUUUUGUAUUUACAUCAUCAGCCAAUACAGUUAUGUCAAUGAUACCCGGUGUAUUACAUUUGGCCGAUUGUUUGGAUUAUUGUCGUCAAAAUCAAACAUGUAAUUCAUUGAAUUUUGAAACAGGCUUAUGUGUUUUGUUAAGUUCAUCGGCUAUACAAUUGCCGGAUGCUUUGACACCAUCACAAUUCCCUGUGUUUACUAUUUAUGCACAGAAAAUUUGUCUAAAAGAUUUACAAAAAAUUUGUACAAAUAAUCAUAAUGGUUGGGCAUUUGAACGUGUUGCUGGUUUUGAAUUACGUGAACAUGAAAAACGUUUAGUACAAUCACCAACAAGUCAAGAUUGUAUGCAAGCUUGUGUUUGGGAACAAAAAUUUCAAUGUCGUUCAAUAAAUUAUGAAUCAAAAACUGGUGAAUGUUGGUUAUCGGAUAUGAAUCGUCAUACAGUUAAUAUUAAUACUGAAAUACGUUCACAAAAAUAUGGUCCAUCAAGUGGUAAUAUUGAUUAUUAUGAAUUUAAUUGUAUUCAAGAACCAAAAAAACUUUGUGAUUUUCGUCCGAUACAUGGUCGAAUAUUGAAAACAGUCGAUUCAGUUUAUCAAAAUAUAACAACUAUUGAUGAAUGUCAACGACAAUGUCUGCAGGGGCCAUAUCGUUGUCAUUCAUAUGAUUUUGGUGAUCCAAGUAAUCCGGUUUGUCGUACAAGUCAUUUGGAUAAAAUUUCUUUGGCUCAUAUUGAUAAUCCUUAUAUUGAAAUUGCCGGGACAUCAACAUUUGAAUUACAAGCUUGUUAUGAUGUAAACAUUCAAUGUGAAUCAAGAGAAAUGGUAGCAAAAGUACGAUCAUCAAAAAUAUUUGAUGGAAAAGUAUAUGCAAAACGUAAACCAUAUCAUUGUAUGACUGAUGUUAAUGAAAGUCUUGAAUUUGAAAUACAUAUGGGUUAUAAUGAUUUGGAAUGUGAUGUACAACAAACUGACAGGGGUCAAUAUACUAAUGAUAUUGUUAUACAACAUCAUGAUCUUAUUGUUACUACACAAGAUUUAGGCCUCAAUAUUAAUUGUAAAUAUGAUCUUUCUAAUCGAAGUAUUUCAAAUAAUGUUAAUUUGGAUAUUACCGGCAAUUUACAACCAAUCGGUACACAUUCAGCUGUUGUUGAUUCACCAAACGUUACAAUGAAAAUUGUCGAUAUGGAUGGUUCCAAUGUUCGAACGGCUAAAGUUGGUGAUCAAUUAGUAUUACGUUUUGAAAUUAUUGAUCAAUCAACUCCAUAUGAAUUAUUUGUUCGUGAAUUAAUUGCAUUGGAUGGUACUGAUAUGUCGGAAUUUGUUUUAAUCGAUUCGGAUGGUUGUCCAACUGAUAUUGCCAUCAUGAAACCAGUUUUAAAAUCACGUGAUAAUUCAAAAACAUUAGAAACAAUGUUUGAAGCAUUUAAAUUUCCAUCAUCUGAUAUUGUACAAUUUAAAGCAUUAAUAACACCUUGUAUUACUAAUUGUGAACCAAUUAAUUGUAAUCUUAAUUUGCCGAAUGGCCGUACAAGUCAAAGUAUAUCGUAUGGUCGUCGAAGACGUCGUCGUUCACCAUCGAUGGCUGAUGUUGAUGAUAAACAAAAUGUAAAAUCCACCGAUAUCAAUGAUCCAAGAAAAAAUGUUAUUGUUGUUGAAUCAUUAAGUGUAACGGAUAAAUUUUCAGUUAAAGAUGGACAAAAACGUAAAAAAAUCCAACAGAACAAUAAUGUUGAUGUUUAUGCUGAUUUCGAAGAUUCAACGAUUGAUCGUCUGCCACGAAUGGAAUUGGCUACUACACCAUGUAUCAAUGUUUUAAGCCUGAUGAUAUUUGCUGUUGCAUUUUUAUGUUGUCAAACACUGUUGAUUAUUAGUUGGUCAUAUAUUUGGAGUAAAAAACGUAAAAAUUCAUUAAUUGAAAAUGAAUUAAUUUAUGGAACAUUAUCAUCAGCAGCAUCUGCAUCCAAUAGCCAAUGGUCAUCACCAAUCAAAUCAAUCAAUCACCGGAUACCCAUGGCUAAAGCAUCUUGUGGUGCAUCAUCUCAUUCACCAGCAUCAUCAUCAUUCGUAUACUCGGUACCUAGUCGGCAACAUGGAUAUUUAUCAUGAAAAACAAAAUCAUUAUUCGAUUAACAAAAACACUUACUGAUGGUUAAGGGGCAUUUACAUUUUAAAAUUCACAGGGAAACGGAAUCUAUUUUUUGAGCUCUCAUUUAAGUUAUUUUUUUUUGAAGAAAAUUGGGCAGAAAUUUUUUUAAAUAUUUUGUAAUGAUCAAGGUGCGG